AUGGGACAUUCUGCGUCAACCGACUCUUCGGAGGUUGCCGCCCAUGACCGUGGUGCACCAGCAGCUCCUUCUCCUAGCAGUCUACUUUGGGUGAGGAUUCUGACCGGAAGCAAACUGCAAACUCCAAACACCUUGAGCGGAGACAGUAUACUGAAAGUGUGCCGCUGGCUUGUUGGUCGGCCGCAUACCUGGCGGCUGUAUGUGACAGUGUCGGUCGGCAGGGGUCAAGGCCAGACUGAGAUCGUGCAUGUUCCGAGCCAUGGGGAUGUCAAUUUCACACACGCCCCCAUUCCAUUUACGCUUGAGGACAUUGUAAGCUAUGAUUGUGGCAUGGGUCCCCGAGCUAGUUCCUUAGCGUCCAUGUCAUUGGCAUCUACCCUCCUGGAUCGGCGAAUCCCUGAGAUGACAGUCAAGGUGUAUCGCGUCCGGCGUAUUUGCCAGGAUUCUUUGGUCAGCGUGGCCCGAUUGCCGAUCAGCACGACGGAGUUGGCAGGCACUUCGAGAGAACAUACGAUUUGCCUCGCCAAUGGUUGCGGCAUGAUCACGAUACGUUGCAGCUUCAAUUGUUCGGUAAAUGAUUUGCCGAACUUGCAAAGCGUACUUGCGUAUCCGCGACGCCACUCCUUGGCGAAGUUCGCGCAAGCAUUGGCGCAACUCCUGCAGGGAGAAGAUGGUUUAGAAAUAUUGCAACAAGCCGUGCCAAAAGCCCUGCAUCUGCCGAGAGCUGCGGAGAAAGUCACCAGCACAAUGCAAAGCUUUCUAGUCUCCCUUUGCAAUCAAGUGAGCAUGCUCUCUGCUGACGAAAGCGACGCUGAGGUUAUGCAAAGAUUUGCGCCGCUGUCAAGAAGCAUCCAAGACUUCAUUGCAGAGUGCACAAAUGACUCUGCCGAUGUGGCGUCGCUCACUGACGAGUGGCUGUGCGGAACUUUUGCCCUUUGUGCGCAAAAAGCCGGUGGUCAGAAACUCCCAUCAAUGAACAGCUAUAUGAUCAAGGAGUUCUUGAAGCAGGGGGAGCGCUACCCUGGAAUAGACCACCUCGUGCCAAUUGAUUCCAACGGUGAUACAGUUGCGGACUGGUUGAAUUCUCCCCCGAUGGUUCGCCGAGAUUACGUGCCGAGAGAAGCCAUACUCGGCAAAGGUAUGUUUGGUACUGUUUGGCGAGCAAUGGACUUACGAUCUCUCCAGUGGUAUGCUGUGAAGCGAAGCAACACCUCACGGCAAGCGACUGUAACCCGAGAGCGCGAGGUGACGAACCAUGUUCUGAUGAAUCCGCACCCCUGCAUCGUGCAAAUCUUUGGCAACCACUACAUUGAGAGUAUUUCAUGCUUCUCCUCGUUGGUGAUGGAGUUCUGUGCCGGAGGAGACUUGCAGGACAAGGUGAAUCAGGCUCACGGCGACCAUGGUUAUCGAUUACCCAAGCAAGCCAUGACUUGGUUGGGCCAGAUCUUUCUCGGCUUGGAGCACCUGCACAUGGUGCUGGGAACUUUGCAGCGUGACCUUAAGCCCCGGAACGUAGUCUUCUCUGAUGACGGCCGGGCAAAGCUGACAGACUUUGGCAUGGGCCGCAUAGGCUUGGUUUCUAACGGCGCCUUCACGCUGCAGAACUGUCCUCCAGGAAGUCCUGCUUAUGUUGCGCCCGAGGUGGUGCUUCAGAAGCCGUAUGACUUCAAAGCAGACAUCUACUCAUUCGGAGUGGUGUGCUGGAAUGUGCUCAGUGGUGGUAUUCGGGAUUCCGGCGGGGACUGGUCAGCCCCGUGCUACACAUUCUCUUCCCACAACUUCUCCAAUCUUGCGAACAACCACCGCUUAUUGGAGAAGCAUGUCAGACACCCGUCCAGGUACAACGUCCAAAGCACACCUUCAGAGGCUGCUGCGGAGUUUGUGCUGUUGCUGACAAAGCCGGAUCCAGAGCAGCGUCCAGACCACGGCAAGAUCCGCAGCGUGCGCUUCAUGGCUUGCUUGAAGUUGCCCGCGCCGGAUGCAAGAAGGAGCCAGAUUGACGAGUGGAUUCGCAAGCGGGAGAAAGGAGUAGACUAA